GUAUUUUUCAAUACAAAAGGUUCUGAAACUUUGCUUCUUUGAUCUUCCAAAACAGAAAAAGAAAAAAAAAAAGCGAAGAAAGAAGAGAGAGAGAGCAGAUCCAAAACCCAAAUCCAAGUCAAUUGUCACAAGCAGAAAUCCCAAACCCAAAGUUGUAGCAAUCAUAAACCCUAAUAUAAAAAUUCUAGCUCUUUUCUUUUUUUCUUUAUAUAGAUCACUUUUCUCUUGUCUCUUUUUGUCUGCAAUCAAAGAAGAAGAAUGGGAGUUCCAGUAAUUAAAUUUCCAAUCUUUACCAUUAUUAGGUUAAUUGGUGUGAUAGUCACUGCCCUUGUACUCAUAUGGACUGUGCAUUACAGGGGAGGCUUGGCUCUUGCUUCUGAUAACAAAGAUGUCAUCUUUAAUGUCCAUCCUGUUUUAAUGGUGAUUGCGCUUAUUCUCAUUAAUGGUGAAGCCAUGCUUACCUACAAGACCGUUUCGGGAACAAAAAACUUCAAAAAAUUAGUUCAUCUUACACUACAGUUGGUUGCUUUGUGUUUAAGCUUGAUUGGAGCAUGGGCUGCUUUGAAAUUCCAUAAUGAAAAGGGCAUUGACAAUUUUUACAGCUUGCAUUCUUGGCUGGGUCUAGCUUGUCUUUUCCUCUUUGGCGUCCAGUAUGCCGCCGGAUUUGUGACCUUCUGGUACCCAGGUGGCUCAGGAAAAAGCAGAGCCACGUUACUGCCAUGGCAUGUAUUCUUUGGGGUUUAUAUUUAUGCCCUGGCUGUUGCUACUGCUACAACAGGUAUCUUAGAAAAAGCCACAUUCCUCCAAACCAACAAGGUAAUAUCACGCUAUUCUACCGAAGCUUUGUUGGUGAACUCGAUGGGCAUCUUGAUCAUUGUUCUGGGUGGUUUUGUUGUUCUUGCAACAAUUACUCCUCUGCAUCCAAAAGAAAGUGUCACUAGAAACUCAACAGAAUAGCCUCAGCAUGUAGUGUAACUUUCAGUAAAAUGAUUAUUAACCAAGAGGUGCAUAUGUGAUUCACAUGGCUUGUUACUUGUUAAAAGAUGACUAUCUCAUGUAAAACUUCAAUUGCGAGCUCUCCCUGAAUAAUUGGGAAGUGUUGAUUAAUGGUAAGGAAGCAUGAGACAAUAAACUUAAUCCAGUUUAUACUCUAUGUUGGCGUCGUCUUUCAGAGAACUCAUUGUGUUCCGGUGUAUAAGGCAGGGGUUUUAUGAUGUGAAAUACCGGAUUUUGCUAAAUAAUCUUUGAGAACCAUGUAUUCACCUCCAUUAUCAAUGUAUAAUGUGACAAUUUUAUGGCUGAA